UUCCAACCGAGUGGAUUACAAAUGAUCGUUGGUUAAAAGAAUUUAGUAGUACACACAUUUAUAAAUACGUUUAUCUCUGGCGUUAGCCCUGUGCCAUUGAAUGGGUUUAUGUUUAAAAGUUUCGACUACUGGACCUUUUUCGAUAGUUGUUCAUAUACAUAUUUUUGUUAAAACAAAGUUGGAAUAUCUUCCUUUGUAUUAUUCUAGAAGAAUAUUUAUUAAGCAAUACAACCAUGAAAAAAAUCGCGGUUUUGAUGAUGUACUCACUUUUGCUAGCAACAGUCCAGCUUACUUCUAGCCAGGCAGUACCCUCGACAACAACAGGAACAACAAAAGCCCCAGUGUUUUGUUACACGUGUAACACCAGGGUCGGAGAGCCUUGUGCAGACACAUUCAACAAAAAAACGCUGACACCGCAAUAUUGUGAGGGCGUAUGUGUAAAGGAAAAGAUUACCAAGGAAGACAACAGUUAUACUAUUGGUGUUCGUCGCAGUUGCCUACCGGACACACAGAUUGUGGCAGACGAGUGUUCGGAUGUCCCCGGAAGUGUUGGAACCGUAGGGAUUCGGUGCCGGUGUAAGAAUGACCGUUGUAAUAGUAGUAUUGUCCAUGUCACCACAGUGUCUGUUUGGAUGGCAGUUCUUACUGUGUGGAUCUUACGAAACACUUGUGAAUGACUGUGUUGCCAACGAAAACUAUGAACAUUUCAGAAGGAUUGAAAAUAGCUGAAUUCACAAUUGCAUUGGUCUAAAUUACAUCCUACAUGUACAAUGCUAGAUUUAAAGUUGGUGUAUUAACCAAACUUAAAACAAGGUACUUGGAAGCUUAUUAGAUUAAUGAGAAAUUGAUUUAUUGGUUAAGACUGAUUUUGUAUAAUUGAGGUGUGUGCACGCGCCCGUGCGUGCCUGCGUGCGUGUGUGCUUACAAAAUCAGCAAAUAAUUUAUUAAGUUUGUUACAAUAAAAUUUAACCUUC